AUAUUGUUGAUGUUGAUAUGAUACCAAAUGCAAAUGACCAAAACGUGGAAAUCGUGGAAUUUUUUGCUAAGCCGACAAAAAUUAUUAUUUGAUAAGGAACGUGGGAUUCGUAAGAUGAGCAAGUGGAAAGUCGAAAAGGAGAAAUAUUUAUCGAUGUCAAUCGAAGAUAAGAGAAAAUUGUGCAAGGAAUCGAAUACCCUGUUACCACUGGAAAAAAUACCAACUUGGAAAGAUGUAGCUGAAAGUAAGCAACUUGGAGAUAAAAUAGAAAUGUUAUCAGACUGUACAAUUGAUAACUCAAAAAAUGCCACGCUUGCAGAAAAAAUUUCUUAUGUAGUUGGAGACAUCACAAAAUUAGAGAUUGAUGCUAUUGUAAAUGCUGCUAAUAAAACACUCAUGGGAGGUGGUGGGGUUGAUGGAGCCAUCCACAAAGCUGCUGGACAUCAACUCAAAGAAGAAUGUGGAACAUUGAAUGGUUGUAAUACUGGUGAUGCCAAAAUCACAGGUGGAUACAAAUUACCUGCCAAAUAUGUAAUCCAUACAGUUGGUCCAAUAGGAGAAAAGCCAGACUUACUGAAGAGCUGCUACAGCAAUAGCUUGAAAAUAAUGCAAGAAAAUAAAUUGCAUACUAUAGCCUUCCCUUGUAUUUCCACAGGGGAGGAGGACGCCCCUGAAGAUGCUGGGGAUCAAGUUGAAAAUGAGCCAGACUCUGAAGAUGCUGUCCUGAAACCAGGGGAGGAUGACGAUGACUAUGAACCAGAAGAUUCAAGAAAGAAAAAGAAAGGCAAGAAGAGAAAAGCAAGAGGUGAGGAGAAGAAAGGCAAAAAGAAGAAAAAGAAACGCAAAAAUGACAGUGCAGAUGAAAGUGAUUUUGGGGAGGAGAAUAAUGGAGGAGAGGAUUCUGAUUAUGGAAGCAACAGCAAAAGGGGAAGAAAGAAAGGGUCCACCAAGCAUUCUUCCACACCCUCUACCCCUGCACCAGCAGAAUCUAGUAGUGGGACAGGAGGUAUGCCAACUAUAGAAGAAGUCUGCUCCACUUUUGGUCUGACUGAUGUAGACCUUGAAUAUUCUGAAUCAGAUUUCCAAAAUCUGACUAGCUACAAGCUUUUCCAACAACAUGUCAGACCAUUGCUAGCCAAAGAAAACCCAAAAGUUCCAAUGUCCAAACUGAUGAUGUUGGUAGCUGCAAAAUGGCGCGAAUUUUCCAACAUCAAUCCUAACCUACAAUCUGACACUAAUGAACCUUCAGCGCCUGCCUCUACUACUUCAGAAGAAGAGGAGGAAGAGGAAGAUAAGUCCAAGAAGAGGAAGAGGGGUAGGAAGCCCAAGAAGGCAUCAAAAGUGCCCACUUUGAAGAUCAAAUUAGGAAAGAGAAAGCGCGGCAGUUCGGACGAGGACGGCGACGCAAGCGCCGGCAACUCGGACCGCGACUCCGACGCCGAAUUCGAGCAAAUGCUCCAAGAAUCCGAGGACCCGAAGACAGCCGCAUCCGCCCCAGGGGGCGGCUCCUCCUCCGGAGGGGCGGGCCAACCGGACUCGGUGGGCGGCUCCGAGGACGCCUCCGCGCCGCUGCCGAAACGCAAGGCGAAGACGAAGUUCGGCAGCAAGACGAAGAAGAAGCGCAAGCUGAAGGGCGGCGCCAAGGGGGCGGCGGGCGGGGCGGCCAGCGCUGGAGGGGGUGGAGAGGAGGAGAGCUACGAGCACCAGGACUACUGCGAGCUCGAAGAGACGCCCGAGGGCAAGUGGAGUUGCCCUCACUGCGAGAACGAGGGCCCGGCCGAGCGCGAAGACGACGGCGGCGAAGAAGAAGAAGAGGACGAGCACCAGGAAUUCUGUCGCGUGUGCAAAGAUGGCGGCGAGCUGCUGUGCUGCGACUCGUGUCCAUCGGCCUAUCACACGCAUUGUUUGAAGCCGCCAUUGACCGAGGCCGCCAAAAUCCUGACGUGGAAAUGGGUGGACGACCCUCUGAAAAAGAACAGCGUCGGCGAGGAGCUGCCGCGCACUCGCCACCGCGAGUUCUUCGUCAAGUGGCAGGAACGGUCCUACUGGCACUGCAGCUGGAUCACCGAGAUGCAGCUGGACGUUUAUCAUCCGUUGAUGUUCCGGGCUUACACGAGGAAAUUCCUGAAAAUGGGCGGCAACAACAACGAUGAAGAACUCGAAGAAAAGUACUAUCGUUACGGCGUCAAACCCGAGUGGCUUGUCGUCCAUCGCGUCAUCAAUCAUCGCACGAUGCGCGACGGUCGCACCCUGUAUCUGGUCAAGUGGCGCGAACUCACCUACGACCAUUCCACGUGGGAGGAGGACUCUGACGACAUGCCGGGUUUGAAGCCGGCUAUAGAGUACUACAUGGACCUGAGGGCGGCUUGCACCGGCGGCGGGUCCAAGUCCAAGAAGGGCAAGGGGAAGAAGUCGAAGGCAAGGGAGAUUGCGGACGAGGACGAUCGGACGCCGCGCAGAUACACUCCUCCACCCGACAAACCGCUCACCGACCUCAAAAAAAAACUGGACAAACAACCCUACUAUCUGGACGAAUCCGGCAUGCUGCAUGAAUACCAACUCGAAGGGCUCAACUGGCUGCGAUAUUCUUGGGCCAACGGCAUUGACACCAUCCUGGCCGACGAGAUGGGCCUUGGCAAGACCAUCCAGACCAUAGUGUUCUUGUAUUCGCUGUACAAGGAGGGGCAUUGCAGGGGGCCGUUUUUGAUCAGCGUGCCGCUCUCGACGAUCAUCAAUUGGGAGAGGGAGUUCGAGACUUGGGCGCCGGAUUUCUAUUGUAUCACCUAUGUGGGCGACAAGGAUUGCAGAGCGAUUAUCCGCGAGAACGAGCUGAGUUUCGAGGAGGGGGCGGUCCGCAGUGGCGGCAAAGCGUCCAAAAUCAGAGGCGGGUCGAUCAAAUUCAACGUGCUGCUGACCAGCUACGAAUUGGUGUCGAUCGACUCCGCUUGUCUGGGAUCCAUCGAAUGGUCGGUGCUGGUCGUGGACGAGGCGCACAGGUUGAAGAGCAACCAGUCCAAAUUCUUCAAGUUCCUCAACAGCUACAACAUCGCCUACAAGCUCCUCCUCACCGGCACUCCUCUGCAAAACAACCUCGAGGAGCUCUUCCACCUGCUCAACUUCCUCGACAACCAAAAGUUCAGCGAGCUGGCCCUCUUCCAAGCCGAAUUCGCCGACAUCUCCAAAGAAGAUCAAGUGAAAAAACUCCAUGAGAUGCUCGGACCGCACAUGUUGCGACGUCUCAAAGCCGAUGUAUUGAAGAGCAUGCCUUCCAAGUCGGAGUUUAUUGUUCGUGUGGACUUGUCCCCGAUGCAGAAAAAGUACUACAAGUACAUUUUGACGAGGAACUUUGAAGCUUUGAAUCCGAAAGGCGGGGGCCAGCAGGUGUCUUUGUUGAACAUCAUGAUGGACUUGAAGAAGUGCUGCAACCAUCCCUAUUUGUUCCCAGCUGCUGCAGAAGAGGCUCCUCUAGGGCCUCAUGGGAAUUGGGACGUGGGGCACUUGACUAGAGCCGCUGGGAAACUCGUUCUGCUGUCUAAAAUGUUGAAGAUUCUCAAGGAGCAAGGGCACAGAGUGCUAAUCUUCUCGCAGAUGACGAAAAUGUUGGACAUCUUGGAAGACUUCUUGGACGGCGAAGGCUACAAAUAUGAGAGGAUCGAUGGGGCUAUUACUGGCAGUCAGCGUCAAGAGGCUAUUGAUAGGUUCAAUGCUCCGGGGGCGGCUCAGUUCGUGUUCUUGUUGUCGACCAGAGCGGGCGGUUUGGGUAUCAAUUUGGCCACUGCUGAUACUGUUAUGAUCUAUCGUUUCGUGACCAGAAGCAGCGUGGAGGAGAGAGUCACCCAAGUGGCCAAAAGGAAGAUGAUGUUGACGCACUUGGUGGUACGGCCGGGCAUGGGAGGCAAAGGCACCAACUUCACCAAGCAAGAGCUGGACGACAUUCUCCGGUUCGGUACCGAGGAUCUGUUCAAGGAAAGCGACGGCAAAGAAGACGAAGCCAUCCACUACGACGACAAAGCCGUUCGCGAGCUGCUCGACCGCAGCAAGGAGGGCAUCGAACAGAAGGAGAGCUGGGCCAACGAGUACCUCAGCUCGUUCAAGGUGGCCAGCUACGUGACCAAGGAGGAGGAGGUCGAGGAGGAGGUGAACACGGAGAUCAUCAAGCAGGAGGCCGAGAACACAGACCCCGCCUACUGGAUCAAGCUGUUGAGGCACCACUACGAGCAGCAGCAGGAGGAUAUCGCUAGGACGUUGGGUAAGGGUAAGCGAGUCCGCAAACAAGUGAACUACAACGACGGCGGUAUGACCACCGACACCAGAGAGGACACCACCUGGCAGGAGAACCUCUCCGAUUACCAUUCCGACUUCUCCGCCGGCUCGGACGAGGACAAAGAGGACGACGACUUCGAUGAAAAGAACGACCCCGAUUUAACCAAGCGCAGCCGCCGGAAGAUGGAGCGCAAAGAAGAAAAGGACCGUCCGCUGCCGCCUCUUUUAGCUCGAGUAGGCGGCAACAUUGAAGUGUUGGGCUUCAACGCGCGUCAGCGCAAAGCGUUCCUCAACGCUAUUAUGCGGUACGGCAUGCCGCCGCAGGACGCUUUUAAUUCGCAGUGGCUGGUCAGGGACUUGCGCGGCAAGUCGGAGAAGAUUUUCAAGGCGUACGUGUCGCUGUUCAUGCGGCACCUUUGCGAGCCUGGCGCCGAUAAUGCGGAUACUUUCGCUGACGGCGUUCCUAGGGAGGGUCUGAGUAGACAACACGUGCUGACUCGCAUCGGUGUUAUGUCGCUGAUUAGGAAAAAAGUGCAGGAGUUCGAGCACAUUAACGGGGAGUACAGCAUGCCGGAGAAUAUUAAGAAGACAGCGGCAGAGCAAGCGAAGAGCACUGGCUCUACUACCGAAACGGAGACUCCGAAGAGCGCGACGACUAGUACUAGCGCUACUCCGGCUACUAGCGCUGCUCCUAGUCCUGCGCCGACGCCAGUCGAAGGUGUCUCGGAUAAGGAUAAGGAUUCCGUGAAGAGCGAAGAUGCAAAAGAGAAGUCAGAGAGCGAAGAGUCUUCUGAAAAGGAAAAGGAGAGUCCUGCACCGGAAGAAACAGUCGCGAAGACGGAACCAGCUGAGCAGCCAACCAAAGAGACGAAGUCUGAGGAGAAGCCAUCCGAGGAAGAAAAGAAGGAGGAGGACGAGAAGGAAGAGGUUGGGAAAGAGGUGAAGAAGGAAGUGGAAGCGGGGGCGGAAGAGGUUGAGGUGGGCGAACAAGUAGUGAUGAAGGAGGAGAAGAAGGAGGAAGAGGCGAAGAUGGAGGUGAAAAUGGAGACGGAAGUGAAGAAGGAGGAGGAAGAGGAGGUUAAGGAGGAGAAGCCUAAGGUUGAGAAGAAGGAUGGUGAGGAUGUGACGGUUGUCGAAGGGGAUGAGAAAGAUAAGAAGGAGAAGAAAGAAGUCGACCACAUGGAAGCCAAGCGGCGCUUCAUGUUCAACAUCGCCGACGGCGGCUUCACCGAGUUGCACACCCUGUGGCUGAACGAGGAAAAAGCCGCCUCGCCUGGCAGGGACUACGAGAUCUGGCACCGCCGCCACGACUACUGGCUAUUGGCCGGGAUUGUUACUCAUGGCUAUGGCAGGUGGCAGGACAUUCAGGCCGACGGUCGAUUUGCCAUUAUUAAUGAGCCGUUCAAGAUGGACCUUCUGGAACAGGCCCUCGUCAUCGAAGAGCAACUGCGCCGGGCCGCUUACCUGAACCUGACCCAAGACCCGAACCAUCCGGCCAUGUCGUUGAACGCGAGGUUCGCCGAAGUGGAAUGCUUGGCUGAGUCGCACCAGCACCUCAGCAAGGAGUCCUUGGCCGGCAACAAACCUGCCAACGCGGUACUGCACAAGUUGGAAGAGUUGCUGUCCGACAUGAAAUCGGACGUUUCGAGAUUGCCUGCCACCUUGGCUAGGAUACCGCCUGUAGCUCAACGGUUACAGAUGUCAGAGAGAAGCAUUCUGUCCAGAUUGGCAGCCACGUCUUCUUCGAGCAGUCAAUCAACAACCCAAGUUAUGGGUCAGUUCCCGCCAGGUUUCAAUGCUGGAAACCUUCCUGGAUUCGCAGCUGCCAAUUUCGGCAACUUCAGACCACAAUAUUCGGUUCCAGGACAACCACCAACUGGUUUCCCCUCAUAAUGGAAAUAACGUAAUGUAAAAGCAGUAUAUGGUAUAUUCAAAUCUCACAAUUUAUUUUUGCUCAUGGAUACCCGCGGCUGUAACUUUGACGUCUUAGUCCAAUUUUUUCUAAUAUUUCUGUUGGGCAAUUUGUCCAGUUGGUGAAAGUUUUGGUGGAGCUUCGUUUCAGUAAACGACUCGAUUGAAGAGAUGGUGUUUUUCUCGAUUUCAUUAUUUUCGCUUUUCGAUGAUAUUUACUGUAAGUUAUUUUUAAAAAUCAUGUGUUUCGUCCUGGCGAUUUUAUUUAUUAUUCUUUCGAUUCAAUUGUGAUUCUUUUACUUUUACAUUCAUGAAAAUACAUUAAAAUGUAGUUAAAUAGCAAUAGAAUUAUUUAGGAAUUUGUUAUAAUGAAUCCCGUGAGGUGGUUGCAUUUUUUUAUUGGUAUGUUCGGCACAGUGAGCAUCCCUCUACAAUAAAAUGAAAAAAUCAAGUUGUUGCAUUGUUUCCUGCCCUAUCGACG